CCGGCCCAUGGAGCGGGGGAAGAUGGCGGAGGCGGAGAGCCUGGAGACGGCGGCGGAGCACGAGCGGAUCCUGCGGGAGAUCGAGAGCACGGACACGGCCUGCAUCGGGCCCACGCUCAGAUCUGUCUAUGAUGGUGAGGAGCAUGGACGGUUCAUGGAAAAGCUGGAAUCCCGUAUCCGAAAUCAUGACCGGGAGAUUGAGAAAAUGUGUAACUUCCAUUACCAAGGCUUUGUGGACUCCAUCACUGAACUCCUGAAAGUGAGAGGAGAAGCCCACAGAUUGAAGAAUCAAGUGACUGAUACUAAUAGAAAACUACAGCAUGAGGGGAAGGAACUGGUAAUAGCAAUGGAAGAGCUGAAGCAGUGUCGACUGCAGCAGAGAAAUAUUUCUGCCACGGUUGAUAAAUUAAUGCUGUGUCUGCCAGUCUUGGAGAUGUACAGCAAACUGAGAGAACAGAUGAAAACAAAAAGACAUUACCCAGCAUUGAAAACCCUGGAGCACCUGGAACAUACCUACCUGCCCCAAGUGAGCCACUAUCGUUUCUGCAAGGUUAUGGUGGACAACAUCCCCAAGCUUCGGGAAGAAAUCAAGGAUGUUUCCAUGUCCGAUCUCAAAGACUUCUUGGAAAGUAUCCGAAAGCACUCGGACAAAAUUGGGGAGACUGCCAUGAAGCAGGCUCAGCAGCAAAGGAACCUGGAUAACAUCAUCUCACAACAGCCCAGGAUAGGCAGCAGGAAAAAAUCCAAGAAAGAUGCAUUGACCAUCUUGGAUACAGAGAUAGAAAGCAUUAGCCCCAAGUCUGAGCAAGAUUCUGGCAUUCUGGACGUUGAAGAUGAAGAAGAAGAGGAAGAGGUGCCCGGGGCCCAAGAAUUGGUGGACUUCUCUCCUGUUUAUCGAUGUUUGCAUAUAUAUUCUGUACUGGGUGCUCGGGAAACCUUUGAAAACUACUACAGGAAGCAGAGACGGAAACAGGCCCGGCUGGUGCUCCAACCCCCAUCCAACAUGCAUGAAACUUUAGAUGGCUACAGGAAAUACUUUAAUCAGAUCGUAGGUUUUUUUGUGGUUGAAGAUCACAUUUUACAUACGACUCAGGGCUUAGUGAAUAGAGCCUACAUUGAUGAACUAUGGGAAAUGGCCUUGUCAAAAACCAUCGCCGCACUUCGAACGCACUCGUCUUACUGCUCUGAUCCAGACCUGGUAUUGGAUUUGAAGAACCUCAUCGUCCUUUUUGCUGACACACUUCAGGUGUAUGGUUUCCCAGUAAACCAGCUUUUUGACAUGCUGCUUGAGAUCAGAGACCAGUACAGUGACACCCUAUUGAAGAAAUGGGCAGGUGUUUUCAGAAACAUACUUGAUUCAGACAACUACAGCCCUAUACCAGUGUCCAGUGAGGAAGUCUACAAGAAGGUGGUUGGACAGUUCCCAUUCCAAGAUACAGAACUGGAAAAGCAGCCGUUUCCAAAGAAGUUUCCUUUCUCUGAAUUUGUGCCUAAGGUUUACAAUCAAAUUAAAGAAUUUAUCUACGCCUGUCUUAAGUUCUCAGAAGAUCUCCAUCUGAGCUCCACAGAGGUGGACGACAUGAUCCGGAAGUCUACAAACCUACUGUUGACCCGCACGCUGAGCAGCUCUCUGCAGAAUGUCAUUAAGAGGAAGAAUGUCGGGCUGACGGAGCUUGUCCAGAUUAUCAUCAACACGACCCACUUGGAGAAAUCCUGCAAGUACCUGGAGGAGUUCAUCACCAACAUCACGAAUGUGCUCCCCGAGACGGUCCACACCACAAAGCUGUAUGGGACCACCACGUUCAAGGAUGCCCGGCAUGCUGCAGAAGAAGAGAUUUACACCAACCUCAACCAGAAGAUUGACCAGUUCUUGCAGCUGGCUGACUAUGACUGGAUGGCCGGGGAUUCAGGCAGCGGUGCCAGCGAUUACCUGACGGAUCUCAUCGCCUUUCUUCGGAGCACCUUUGCUGUCUUCACACACCUUCCUGGGAAGGUGGCUCAGACCGCGUGCAUGUCUGCCUGCAAGCAUCUGGCCACUUCACUAAUGCAGCUGCUGCUGGAAGCAGACGUGAGGCAGCUCAGCCUGGGCGCCCUGCAGCAGUUCAACCUGGAUGUCCAGGAGUGCGAACAGUUUGCCAGAUCCGGCCCGGUGCCUGGGUUCCAGGAGGACACGCUGCAGUUGGCCUUCAUCGACUUGAGACAACUCUUGGAUCUGUUCACCCAGUGGGACUGGUCAACAUACCUCGCUGACUAUGGCCAACCUACUUGCAAGUAUCUGCGUGUCAACCCAGUGACAGCCCUGGCCCUGCUUGAAAAGAUGAAGGACACCAGCCGUAAGAACAACAUGUUUGCACAGUUUCGGAAGAACGAGCGAGACAAGCAGAAACUGAUUGACACGGUCGCCAGGCAGCUCCGGGGACUCAUCAACAGCCACCACUCAUGAGGGCGGGCUCUGCACUCUGGAAUUCUUCUUCAGAGAGAAUAUAUGUAUUUUUUUUAUCACCUUCUGUACAGUAUCCACAAAACCUCCCAGAGCAGAGAAGGACGGAGGGAGAAAGAGAGGGAGGGCGGGCUAAGUCAAGAUUUGAGGGCUGGGAUGUCACUGCAGGCACGGCGCUCCUCCUGAGGUCCCAGCCCAACUAACCCCUUGGACCCCCACCCCUUCCACCUGGAGGAAGAGAUGCCACAGUCGGGCAGGCCUUUCUCCCUUAGAUCUGUGCUUCUGUUUCUAAUUCAAGGAAAAAGAGAGCCUGGGCCUGUGGCCUCUGGAAUCCAGGUAGUGCUUCCUGGGCCCCUCCCCCAGGGCCACAAGAGUCUCAGUGGGCAGUCUGUGGUCUCCAUCUCCAGCUUGCGCUAAGGCCAGUACAGGGCAAGGAAGGGAUGAAGCAGAGAGAGGAACUGGCCUCUGCAUGGGCAGGUGUGGCCAAGAGGGCAGCCUUGAGUGGAGGUGUGUCUCCUCUCUGCAUUUCAGAUCUAGAUUUCUGCAGGCUUGCCUCAGUCUUUCCUUCUUGUCCAGCUCCCUUGCCCCUCUGGUCUCCCAAGGCCCUGUCCUGGCCACACCUAGGGCCACACCUCUGCCCACACCUAGAUUUUCCCAUCCAAAUAUUAAGGCCUUGAUAUCAGCGCAGAGAGAAGAAGAAUCCAAGCUGAAUCCAGGAAAAAGGGUCACUGGCUUAGAUGCCAAGGGCCUGUGCCCUCAGUGGACUAGAGUUCACCUGUGCAGGCCCCAGACUCCUGCUGAGAGUAGGAAAUAGAGGACACGACAAGAUCCCCAGUCAAAUGCCCUGGCACCCUGAGGAGCAAGUGGCUACCGUACCCCCCACGCGCAGCCCAACAACAUGGCCACCACCCUGCUGGAGGAAGCUGCUUUGUUCUGCUGAAGGCGUGACACCUCCUCCAUUAGAUGUAUUUCCUUCUACAGAUUGAGCCACAGUCAGGGUGAGCACAAGCCUCCUUCCUAUCUGUCCCUCACACUCCCAGUAGGUGCCCCACAGGCAAGGUCUUACAACUAAACACAGGCCCUCACAUUUUGCUGGGUGACCAACCCAAUCCAAAUGGAAUUUGAGGUUGGCCUUCCUUCUUGUGACCCCUCCCUUCCC